AUGGCUAUCGUUGCCAUGGCCAUCAGGCACCAUACCUUCAGUCCCGCACCACAGUGGCAGCAGGGUCGAGCAGAAUGCAGCAGCAGCAAUCACGCUCUGCUAGCUCCCAGAAAUGCUCCCCUCCCACUUCGCCAGAGGAAAAACCCUACAAGAAACCUAGGACUUUUUGAGACCCCAACACCCCCCUCCCUUGCUGUGCGAUCUGUCUUGACCAUAACUGCCAUUGCACCAUUGACUGCUCCGCAUCCCUCACAUGGGACAGCAAGCACAAUACCAUCUCUGAACGUAUACACAAAGCCCUUUGGACUAAAGACGGCAAGCAGUUGUGUACCGCCUGGCAAUGAGAGGAAGGCUGUGAUAGCCACAGACAUGACUCACGGCACAUUUGUUCAGGGUGUGGUGCCAUCACUCAUGGAGCUCAGUGUUGCCCUAGAGGACAGAAAGCUUAAUCCCAUCACGCCUUACAAGGUAGAAGCAUGGGACAGAGAGUUAAAGCAUUUUUGA